GGAAGUGCGCCGCAGCGCGGCAUUCUGGGGCCGGAAGUAGGGCGCACGCUGUGGACUGGUGUCAUGGCAGCUCCCCCGAGCCGCAAGAGGCGCCUGGCGGAGCUGACGGUGGACGAGUUCCUAGCUUCGGGCUUUGACUCCGAGUCCGAAUCCGAGUCCGAAAACUCCCCAGAAGCGGACACGCGGGAGACACGCGAGGCUGCCCGGAGUCCGGAUGAGCCGGGCGGGAGUCCCUCGGCCAGCCGGCGUAAAGGCGGUGCCUCUGAGCACAAGGACCAGCUGUCUCGGCUGAAGGACAGAGACCCCGAGUUCUACAAGUUCCUGCAGGAGAAUGACCAGAGCCUGCUAAACUUCAGCGACUCAGACAGCUCUGAGGAGGAGGAGGAGCCGUUCCACGCCCUGCCGGAUGUGCUGGAGGAAGCCAGUGAGGAGGAGGAUGGAGCAGAGGAGGGGGAAGAUGGGGACAGAGUCCCCAGAGGACUGAAGGGGAAGAAUUGUGUUCCUGUGACCCUCGCCAUGGUUGAGAGAUGGAAGCAGGCAGCAAAGCAACGCCUCACUCCAAAGCUGUUCCAUGAAGUGGUACAGGCGUUCCGAGCAGCUGUGGCCACCACCCAAGGGGACCGGGAAAGUGAUGAGGCCAACAAAUUCCAGGUCACGGACAGUGCUGUGUUCAAUGCUCUGGUCACUUUCUGCAUCAGAGACCUUAUUGGCUGUCUCCAGAAGCUGCUGUUUGGAAAGGCGGCAAAGGACAGCAGCAGGAUGCUGCAGCCGUCCAGCAGCCCGCUGUGGGGGAAGCUCCGUGUGGACAUCAAGGCGUACCUGGGCUCGGUCAUACAGCUGGUGUCCUGUCUGGCGGAGACGACGGUGUUGGCGGCCGUACUGCAGCACAUCAGCGUGCUGGUGCCCUGCUUCCUGACCUUCCCCAAGCAGUGCCGCAUGCUGCUCAAGAGAAUGGUGGUCGUAUGGAGCACUGGGGAGGAGUCCCUGCGGGUGCUGGCGUUCCUGGUCCUCAGCAGAAUCUGCCGGCACAAGAAGGCCACUUUCCUCGGCCCCGUCCUCAAGCAAAUGUACAUCACGUAUGUGAGGAACUGCAAGUUCACCUCGCCUGGUGCCCUCCCCUUCAUCAGUUUCAUGCAGCGGACCCUGACAGAGCUGCUGGCCCUGGAGCCGGGUGUGGCCUACCAGCACGCCUUCCUCUACGUCCGCCAGCUCGCCAUACACCUGCGCAACGCCAUGACCACCCGUAAGAAGGAAACGUACCAGUCUGUAUACAACUGGCAGUACGUGCACUGCCUCUACCUGUGGUGCCGGGUCCUGAGCACUCUGGGCCCCAGCGAAGCUCUCCAGCCCUUGGUCUACCCCCUUGCCCAGGUCAUCAUUGGCUGUAUCAAGCUCAUCCCCACUGCUCGCUUCUACCCACUGCGAAUGCACUGCAUCCGUGCCCUGACGCUGCUCUCAGGGAGCUCGGGGGCCUUCAUCCCAGUGCUGCCUUUCAUCCUGGAGAUGUUCCAGCAGGUCGACUUCAACAAGAAGCCGGGGCGCAUGAGCUCCAAGCCCAUCAACUUCUCUGUGAUCCUGAAGCUGUCCAAUGUCAACCUUCAGGAGAAGGCCUACCGGGACGGCCUGGUGGAGCAGCUGUACGACCUCACCCUGGAGUACCUGCACAGUCAGGCACACUGCAUCGGCUUCCCGGAGCUGGCGCUGCCCGUGGUCCUGCAGCUGAAGUCCUUCCUCCGGGAGUGCAAGGUGGCCAACUACUGCCGGCAGGUGCAGCAGUUGCUUGGGAAGGUUCAGGAGAACUCGGAGCACAUCUGCAGCCGCCGCCAGAGGGUUUCCUUUGGCGUGUCUGACCAGCAGGCAGUGGAAGCCUGGGAGAAGCUGACCCGGGAAGAGGGGACCCCCCUGACCUGGUACUACAGCCACUGGCGCAAGCUGCGUGACCGGGAGAUCCAGCUGGAGAUCAGUGGAAAAGAGCGGAUGGAAGACCUGAAUUUCCCUGAGAUCAAACGAAGGAAGGUGGCUGACAGGAAGGAUGAGGACAGGCAGGAAUUUAAAGACCUCUUUGACCUGAACAGCUCUGAAGAGGACGACGACACUGAGGGCUUCUCGGAGAGAGGGAUACUGGGGCCCCUGAGCACUCGGCAUGGGGUGGAAAAGGACGAGACCCUGGGGCCCCUGAGCACUCAGCAUGGAGUGGAAGAGGAUGAGGAGGACGACUCGGAGGGUGAAUGGUCUUGGGAUGGAGACCCAGACGCAGAGGCGGGGCUGGCCCCUGGGGAGCUGCAGCAGCUGGCCCAGGGGCCGGAGGAUGAGCUGGAGGCUCUGCAGCUCUCCGAAGAAGACUAAGGCAGCCCAUCUGGGGGCCUGCAGGGGCUGCCGUGCUGAUGGCCAGUGUUCCCACCUCUCUGGCAGUCAGGCCCAGAGGCUGGCGUGUGUGCAGCUGGGGGAGGCAGUAGACAGGGGACAGGCUUUAUUUAUUUUUCAGCAUGGAAGACCAAACGGACUGAGAGCUGUGCUGGGCUGGCGUGGCUGCUGAAGCCCCACAGCUCUGGGCUGAAGCCAGCUCCGCGCGGGAGACGAUGACCCUGAUGUCAGGAGACUAGACCAGUCCUAGUUCCAGGGGGAGGCCUGCAGACCCCUGGCCCCUUCCACCACCUCUGCCCUCCAUCUGCAGACCUCGGCCGCACCAGGCUCUACAUUCACUCCCCCAAGUCUUUGGAAAUUUCCUCCUUUCCUUUGAAGUCACAUUUUCCUUCAAAAUUUUUUGUUUUGCAUCCAGAACCAAAAGAAAUAAAGCUGUGGGAGGCAGGGCCAUUGUACUGA